AGGGGGAAGAGGAAGAUGAGGACGAAGAGGGCAAGAAUAGCACACGUGCGUGGGAGUGCCACUCCUACUGCGCGCGCGCGCACAGGCACACAGGACACAAACGCAUCCCAACCAGCAAACAAUCAUCCUAUUUAACAUCCUGUAUAAACUGCUAGAGUUCAAUGAGAAUUAAGGUAGUGCUUGUUGGGGGAUCGAGUGCGCGCUCCAAAAAUCGAGCUUGGGCGCUCCCGGUGACGCUGGGUAUGUGUGUGUGUGUGUGUGUGUGUGUGUGUGUGUGUGUGUGUGUGUGUGUGUGUGUGUGUGUGUGUGUAUGUAUGUGUGUGUGUUGAUGCGGUGCACAGCAGAGAAGUCCUCCCACGCGUCCUCGUGACGCACGUCUCUGCGUGGGCGCGCCACGCGUGGGAGUGCGAGCGCGCGAUUGUAGCAGCGCGGAAUAUCCCAUCUCUGUCUGUAGGGGAGUGAGAGGAGACAGAGAGAAGAGAGAAAAAGAAGAAAAGAAAGAAAGGAAGGCGGAAGCGCGUAUAGUGCGUCUACUAUUUUCUCUAUUUCACUUCUCAGUGUUCUUUUUUUAAUCGUGUGCACCUCCGGGUUUUGACAACACACACACACACACACACACACACACACACACACACACACACACACACACACACACACACACACACAUGCACACAGAUUGUGUAAACGGAAGAGCGGAACUACCUGCUCUCGCUCUCUCUCUCUUUCUCUCUGUCUCUCUCUCCAUCGCUCCGAUGUCGCGCAACACUUCACCUUAGUGACCCGACAAUUUCUCUAUCUGUCUCUCUUCUUCUUUUAAACUUUUUUUCUAUUAUUAUUAUCAUCAUCAGUAAAAUCGUGCAUAAGGAACCGAAUCGGAAGAAAAAGAAGGAGAGAUUUUCGGGGGAAUUUGGGAAGAGCGCUAAAAGAAGUCCAUAAAGUAUGAGUGUGGUGAACUUACGGGAGCUGAAACCCUCCUCUUUACUUCCUGAAGUUUUCUACAAGAAGGGAGAAGAAGAGUCGUUUCAGGUCAUGGCGGCGACUUUGCCCAGGACUCUUGGCGAGUUGCAGCUCUACCGCAUCUUACAGCGGGCCAACCUGCUGUGCUACUACGACGCGUUCAUCCAGCAGGGCGGCGACGACGUGCAACAGCUGUGCGAAGCAGCCGAGGAUGAGUUCCUGGAGAUCAUGGCGCUGGUUGGGAUGGCUAGCAAACCGCUGCACGUGCGACGCCUCCAGAAAGCCCUGCGUGACUGGGUGACCAACCCAGCACUGUUUAACCAGCCGCUCGCUUCACUUCCUGUCUGCAGCAUCCCUGUCUACAAACUUCCUGAUGGCCCCGUGCUGCCUGUCAAAGUUCCUAAAACAGAUCCGCCUAAAACUGAAGCCGGCAGCGGGAGCUCGUCGGCCACCGCCUCGCCUCUGCUGAGUGGCAACGAGCCGCGUUUCUGGGCCGAGCGAAGCCUCUCGCCGGCCGAGCUCGGCUCACCCUCGUCCCCACUGCCGCGUGACACCCUUGAAGCUCUUGACAUCGCCGCAGUCCAGGCCGUUAGUGAGUGUGUAGACAGGAUGGCUCGUGCGUUACCCAAAAGUGACCCGGCGGAGCUGAGAGAGCAGCUCAAGGCUAACAAGAAGCUCGCCAAAAUGAUUGGCCAUAUCUUCGACUUGAGCGACGAUGACCCGCGCCGGGAGGAGGAGAUUCGCAAAUACAGCGCCAUCUAUGGACGCUUCGACUCCAAGAGGAAGGAUGGCAAACAUCUCACACUCCACGAGCUGACGGUGAACGAGGCAGCAGCUCAGCUGUGUAUAAAGGAAGUGGCAUUACUCACGCGCAGGGACGAGUUAUUUGGACUCGCUCGCCAGGUCUCCAGAGAGGUCACCUACAAAUACACAUACAGGACCAGCAAAUCUCGCUGUGGAGACAGGGACGAGCCGUCACCGAAGAGAAUUAAAACGGAGGAAGGCUUUUUUGACCUGCAGGAGGCGCUACAGGCCAUCCACAUGCGUCAGGAGAGUCUGAGAGAGCAGCUGAAUCAGGCUCGCUCCAAAGGAGAGGAAACACUCACUCGAAACAUCCAGGUUCAGCUGGAGCGUCUCUUGGCUAAACAGAUGGAGAUUUUGCACGAUGCAGCGACGCAGGACAGACUGCAGGCUCUGGAGUGGCGUGUUCCUCCCGGGGCAGUUAAACACCACGCUGAAUUGCAUGCUAAUGCUAACACCAACGGGGUGCAGAGCAGCACCGAUAAACACACAGAGCAGCAUGGUGAGAGGCCACUAAAUCUGCGAAUAACAGGACAAAGAGGCGGAGCUUCAGAAGGAGACACAACUCUGGGAAAACAGCUGGCCAAUGAGCUUAAGAGACAUCACCAAGCCAGUGUCGAGAGCAAGGCAGCAGCCGCCACAGAGAACGGCAGUGGAGGGGAGGUGAGUCCCCGUGCUCUCAACCUCUCAGAAAAGAAAAGCAUCAAAUGUGAACCCGAGGACUCCAGAUAGCAGACCAGACCUCCCUGUUGAUUUCUAUUUAGUUUUUUUCUUAUUUUUUAUUUUUUUAUUUCGACUCCAUUAUGAACUGUCGUCUGUUUGUGAAUACUAAAGGAGCACAACUACAGUAGAGCCUUAAUAACCAACGUUGCCUCAGAUUUCCUUUAUUUUUUAGUUGUAAUCUUUUUUCUUUUUUCUUUUUUGCCAAAGCACCUAGUGUCCUUAUUUUCUUCCCUGAAUAGAUUAGCAUAACUUUGUGUUGUCAGUGACUGUACAUGCAAAAACCCUGCCUCCUCUCUCUCUCUCUCUCUCUCUCUCUCUCUCUCUCUCUCUCUCUCUCUCUCUCUCUCUCUCUCUCUCUCUCUCUCUCUCACUCUGGCGUGGACUGUAACGUCCGCUAGUUGUACAUACAUUUGUUGAUACGUGGAAAAUGUUCAGAUGUUAUUUAAAUACAGUUUGUUUUGUGUG